UCCUCAGAAAUAACACAUUACACAGAUUGACAGAUUCUUAAUGUGCAAUUCUUAAUCGAUACAAAAGAAAAAAAUUGGGUAAAUGUUACAGACUGUGUGAAAACCCAUCUCAUGCUGAUCACAUAAGGCAGCAGAACCACAGGCUUUCUAUUUACUGGAUCAAUGGUAAUACUGCAUUAAACCUUGUUUCUUUACUGACCACAUGCACUCACCACUUUAAGACAAAAAAGGUUGCACCGACGCACAGAGGAUACGGCUAAAGAAGUCAUGGUGAAACAGAUGAAAACCACAGGGUCUCUUACUGAGCAAAGUGUUAUAAAACACCCCCCAAAAGACAACAGGUUGAGUUUCCUGCCAGCAUGAUGCAUGCUUUGCACAAGUUUGUGCUUUUUCAUCUCCUGAUGAGUCUUGGACUUCAGGCACUUGGGAGUGAUAUCAUAAAUGGUAAAAAGGUGAAUGAGAAGUCGAUGCUGUAUAUGGCCUCGGUGCAGAACAACAAAGGCCAUCAUGUGUGCGGAGGAUUCCUCAUCAAUGAAAACUUUGUGCUCACUGCUGCGCACUGUGAUGACUUGAAGCCUACGAGUGUCGUUCUUGGCACCCACAAUCUCAGGAAGGUUGAUGACUCAAUGAGAUACCGUGUAACGAGGUGCAAGCAUCCAUCUUAUGACAAUGUCUCAAAAGGGGAUGACAUCAUGCUCCUCAAACUGUCUAAGAAAGCUCAACUGAACAAACGAGUAAAACCGGUUCCACUUAUAAAGGCUGAGAUGAAAAUAAAAGAAAAAGAAAAGUGUCAUGUGGCUGGAUGGGGAUACACGGAAACCGGUGGUAAAGUUGUUGAUGUGCUGCAAGACGUGGAUGUGCCUAUCAUUAACCUGAAGGAGUGUAAGAAAAAAUGGGGAGGAAAUCUCCCAGCCAAUGUUAUCUGUGCUGGUGGAUAUGGCACAAAAAAAGGAUUCUGUCAGGGCGAUUCUGGUGGUCCUCUGGUGUGCAACGGGAAGGCUGUUGGUGUCGUGUCUUUCAACAAUAAAGGAAAGUGUACCUACCCAGAUGUUCCCAAUGUCUAUACAAAUAUAUCAAAAUACCUUCACUGGAUCAGCAAGAUUCUCAAGCAAAAUAAAUGUUGAAUGUUACAAUUUAGCAUGCUUUUAUUACAUGUUGUACAGGCUCUUCGGCUCUAGAACCCUUUUCCACCUCCUGUUUCUGCCCUUAAAUCUCGUCUUAAAAUCACUUUUACAGAAUGGCCUUUCCUGAAAACUGACAUAUUUGUUUUUAUUUAAUAGGCUUUAUUUCUUUAUCUUUUUUACCUCUUAAUUGUUAUUAAAUCUGUUUAUGCCUAUCCGAACUUUGGAAAGCAUUUUGUGCUUUUUGCUUGAAAAGUACUCUACAAAUAAAACUAUUAUUACCAUCA